AUACGACUAUAGUGACUACCUAACGUUCAAACCAGACCUCGCGUACACUGCUUGACGCUCGAACGUCUCCGUCGUGUCGUGUCUACAGCCGCACCUCUUGCAUGUGGAUUUAUCGCGAUCAACAAAUAGCACGAAACGACGACGUAAAUAAUUGGAAUCGUUGAAUAUUUUCAAGUCAGUUUUUGCUUUCGUUUCGUGGAUACUUGUGAAACACAUUUGCUAAGAAUCUUUAUCGAGAUUUUUACAAACGUCCCGGGUGCGUUUUAUUUACUCGGGAACUCGAUCGCGUGUGAAAAUUUAGUUUGGAGGGAACUUGUUACCGAUCGGACACGCAUCAGUAUGAACGAGUAACACGUUAGAAAAGCGUUGCAGCGUCAUGAGUCUUAUCAAGCGAGCGUGGACGGAAUGACGAAACGCUGAUAAGCAUCUCUGUUAUCUGCUUGUUCCCUCGAAUUGAGCGGUGACAGUUUGACAACGUUCUGUGGCUUGGUAUUCCAUUAACAUGGCGAUCGCCAAGAUUAAAAGUCUUCUCGACAGUGGCCUGAAAAACGUGACUGCUCCUCUCGGAGCAGUCACGGAUCGGAUACAGAAUUUGGAACCGGAAGUCGGGAUACGAAUGGUCCAUUGCCCAACCGACAAAACUCUACGUGUAAUGGUCCUCGGUGCCAGACACCUGCCACAAAACUUUGGAUUCACAAAAGUCAAUAGCUACGUUGUCAAGAUAAAACUAUUGCCAGACAAGCAGCAAUACGAAACAACAUCUAAAAACGAAUCUUGGCCGCAAUGGAACGAAGAGUUUACAUUUAAAUUGCGCAAAGAGACGAAAUCUCGAUUGACAAAGCCACAAAGCACCGAAGAAGGUCUUGACGCUUCGAGAUUCGUGAUAGCAACUUUGUACGCCAUACUCGAAAAUAAGCCGUUGAUAUCGAGUGAGCGGAAAGGAACCGAGAAAGAAAACGCAACGAAACAAUCACCGAAAAAAGGGGAAACAACGAGCGGAGGAGCAGCUUCCGGUUCGAAUGAAUCCAAGACCAACAAAUUCUUUGGCCAGUUGUUCGACAAGAAAAAAGGAUCUUCCGAGGCAACGGGCGUCGACAAAAAAAAUGUAGACAAGAGGCGAGUUAUCGGUGCAACAACGAUAUCGCUCGACCCGAAAAACUUUGUGACGAAACAACCGAAAUCUAAUUAUUCUAAUGACGUGUCGACUGGAGAAAUUUGGAAACCGUUGAGGGCAAUCACCAGUGGAAUUUCUGGUGCUGACGAAAGGCGAGAGAGCCAAAAAGGCCAAGUAGAAUUGGUUCUGACGAGGGAGCUGACUGAAAAAAAGGACGGGACCUCAUCCCGAUUGGUUUUGAGCCUUUCGCGAUUGCGAUGUUCCCUUCAAAUGAUGCACGAGCAGGAAACUCUCAAAGGUCAGCUUUACAUUAAAAUGUCAGUCAUCGAAGACGGGAGAGUAACACAAUUUUGGAAAAGUAAUCGUUUUCCACCAUCCGUGUCUCUCAAAUUCGCAACCGAUGAGGCUAGAGUCGUUGCUGAAAAUCCAAUUGACGGUGUAUUCAAAGAUGCCAGUUUCGUCGUCAAAUUUACAUUGAAAAAUAAAAUGGGCAAGAAAACACCAAUCGGUCAAUUAGAAAUAGGGCCAGACGUUGGUGGAAGUUGCGGUGACCAGUGGAAGGAAGCAUUGGAGAAGCCUGGAAGGCCAAUCACAAAAUGGCAAAAAUUUGAAUAGACCUUUUCUGCAAUGUGGAACUUUCUUCCAACUCUGAAAAACUGCUCAUUUCUCACUCAGCAUAUAUCGCUGGAUCCACGCAUCCGGUGAUGGUUUCCCGUGAUCAUCGAUACUAUAUACACUCGAACCUGUAGCAAACGUUAAGAUCUGAAGGAUGUGUCAUACUUUAAAGGCAUAUAUGCAAGCACGAAUAUUAUAUAUUUGCACGAAUUAUUUUAAUAUUAUUAUUUCAAGAUUUCUUGAAUGACAAAAGGUUGUGAAUUCCAGACACGAUGAGUUUGCACAUUGACUGUCUUGGAUAUUCGUUAAAAAGAAUGAACGUUAACAUUGACGAACAGUGGCUCAGAUUAGGCCCAGCAGAGCAUCAAUAAACGUAGGGUUGUAUGUGCUAUUCAAUGAAAACUUCAAUGGACGCGUCAAUUUUUCAAAUUACAAAAAACGUGGCCAAAAUUAUCACGAAUUUUCUUUUUUUUUCACCUGUCCUGAAGUUUAGAACAUUAUUGAAUGUCAGUAUUCAAAAAGAUAUUAAAGAGAUUAUUUACGUAGUAACGUGGCUCAAAGUAAAAACUCCAAACUUCUAUACAUAGAUGCAUAACUUUUUGGUUCCUUUUUUCUAAUCAUUUUCAUAGUACGACAAAAUUCAGAUGGCUUUGUCGUACGAUGGAUUGAUGAGUAACGAAAAAAGGCUGCUCUUAUAGUUAUUGUUGGAUUAUACUUCAAAGUUGUGGUGAUCAAUUAUGAAUCUAUAAUUGGUGGAUGGAAUGUACAUAUCACUAGUCAACUUGUAGCGUGACCGAGAAAAGUGAACAGAUGAUUGGAAUAUUUAUUUUAUAAAAUACAAUAUUUGGAAUAAAAAAAGAAAAGUAUUACCAAUUGUAUGUUUUUUACGAUAACAAUUUUUUGUAACAGCUCGUUAUUUGUGGCAGUGAAUAAACGAAAAAUGUUUCAAUAAA